AUGACAGCAGAAAGCUUAGUCGGGCAUUUCUCUGAUCUUGAAGACCCACGUUGUUUGGGCAAAAUAGAACACCAUCUGAUCGACAUCAUGGUGAUAGCCGUCUGUGCCGUCAUCGCCGGCGCCGAGAGUUGGCAAGAUAUGGAGCUUUACGGCCAGGAUAAGUCAGAUUGGCUAUCGCGUUUUCUAGGGUUGCCAAAUGGCAUUCCCUCUCAUGACACUUUCCGGCGUGUAUUCAUGCUGAUCGAUCCGGAGACUUUCGAGCAGCGCUUCACGGCCUGGACACAAGAUUUUUCUGCUGCACAAGGUGAUCAAGAGGUGGUCGCGAUAGAUGGCAAGACCGUUCGCCGUUCCUUUGAUCGCAGCCGCAAUCAGGGCCCACUGCAUAUCGUCAGCGCCUGGUCCUGUGAUCGGCGAUUAGUACUUGGGCAGCGACAAGUUGCUGAAAAGUCGAAUGAAAUCACUGCCAUUCCGGAAUUACUCGAUACGCUCGACAUCAAGGAUACCAUUGUAACGCUGGAUGCGAUGGGCUGCCAGAAAACGAUUGCCAGCAAGAUACUGCAAAAGGGUGCCGACUAUCUCAUCACCCUCAAGGCCAAUCAGGGCCGCAUGUUUAAGGCCGUGCAGGAGUAUUGUGCCGAGACGUGCUUUGAGCGCGGAGCAACCAACCGGCCUGCCUGCGAUGCUUUUGAUGAAAGUCAUGGCCGACUGGUCCGCCGCAGG